AUCAAGCACGUUAUCGCACUCUGUAAUUCGUUGAUACAUUUAGAAACUUUUCGCAACAUAUCUGAAAAGACUAAAGCUAUGGAUACUGAUACUCUGAAUCUGGUUCAUAUGUAUGAAGUUGCAUUGAUGGGAACCAAUGGUGAAAAGGAGGAAGCUAAUUCUGGUCAACCUUUGCAAAACAAGGCUUUGAACUUUUCCGACACAGAACUUCCGCAAAAACUUCAAGAUCUUGCCACAAAAUUUCACAAUACCUUUGACGAAUUUCGAACAUUAAUGAUAGAAUUGGUUCCAUUGAUUGAGCUUGUUACGAGUAUCGACUCGGAUACCGAGGAAACUAUCAAAGAGGCAAGACUGAAAGCAAAGGAAUCACUUGGUGACUGGUCGAAGCUUGAUGCCGAAAAUGAUGGUGUAAUUAAUUCUGCGCUGGCUCUUUUGGAUGAAAGUUUUCGUGCUGAUGAUGAAGGACUUUUAUUGAAAACUACAACACAAACACAAACUACUAGCACUCCUAUAGAAUCUGUUUCGGUGUUUGAUCGAUUACACAACGAAAGUACAAAAGCUUUAUCAGAAAUCAAAGAUAUUAUAUCACAUCUGUUUAAGCUUCUCUCGAGUCUUGGAAACCUCGAUUUGGAAAGUGCGCAACAUAAUUCAGGAGAUCAAAUUGAACUUACUGAACUUAAAGAUCUCAAUAUAGGAGACAGCAUACAAAACAAUAAUAAUAAUUUAUCCAGAACAACAGAUGGCUGUGAAUACGCUCAAAUUCGCAACACAUAUGCAGUCAACAUACUUCGACGAGUCAAGUCAAAACUUGAAGGAAAGGAUUUUGAUCCCGUUACAAAAAUGAGUGUCGAAGAGCAGGUGGAUAAGAUGAUCAGACAAGCUACAGAUAUAGAUAAUUUGUGUGUCAUGUACGAGGGAUGGACACCAUGGAUAUAA